AUGGAGAAGAUGUCAGGUGUGGAGCUACAGGAGCAGGGAGGCCUGAAGAAGCUGGUGCUCCGGUGGUUCACUGAGACGCAGGCUGGACUCAUCCUGGACCACGGAAACUUCCCAGACUGGUUUCAAGGCUUCGCUGCCAGAAAGGAAGCAGAGGAUCUUCUGAGAGAUAAGCCUCUGGGCUGUUUUCUCAUCCGCCUCAGUGAUAAAGCCGUCGGCUACAUUUUGUCCUACAGGGGCCUCGACAGGUGCCGCCAUUUUGUCAUCACCCAGAAUCCGGACGGGCAGUUUGUCAUAUCAGGAGACUGUCAGACUCAUCACAGCCUGAUGGAGCUGAUCGAUCAUUACAGGCUCAGCCCCAUCCAGCCGUUUGGAGAACACCUGACCUGCAGCUGCUAUGAGGUGAAGAGGAGUGAACUGUACGAUGUGGUGAACCACAAAACCAAGAUGUCUGGGGUGAGCGUCCAAGCUCUGCGGUUCCUGUGGGACCAGAAAAGUCCCCGAAACAGCGCCACCAACAGGAACCAAAGGACUCAGCCGCAACAUGAGCCUGCUACAGCGCAGCCACCUGAUCUACCAUCCAAGUCUCAGAGCUGUAAACUGACGGGGACAGUGUCUGCAGACGCCAUGUCCCUCUCUCAGGCCGAACCUCCAGUUCCAAAGAGAAACGUUCCUCUGAGCUUCUCUCUGCGCGACACUUUCCCCGACACCGUGUCACAUCCGAGUGAAACCCAGAGCGUCUCCUUCAGAUCAGACCGACUGAGAGGAAACACAACCACAGACGUGUUUUACACAAAAACUCCAGCAGGAAACACGGAGCUGACGCAGAGCGAGAGCAGCAAUCCACCCAGUCCCCUGAAGAAGGUCACCUGCCACACCUACUCCCUCCACGACCCCGGGGCCCAGAGGCCGAGCAGCUCCACGCUGAGGCCCACCCCCUUCCACCAGGCCCCCGAGGGCCCCACAGAGAGCUCAGCUGGCCAGAGAGACGUCCUGUAUGCUGAGGUCGCUGAGAGGCCAAAACACACCGGUCUACCCGAGGACACGUACGAGCAGAUCCCCGGGGACGCCGCCACCAACCGCCAGAGCAACACCUACGAGUCGCUGGAUGAUAUGAAGUCAAAGAAGCACAGAUUCACCUGGGGGAAGAACCACGUGAAAUGGAAGAAAUUCCUUCCUGAAUACAAGAAGAAAUAAAUGUGAUGAAAAGAAAAAAGAAAAUUCUGUGUUUGAAUUCAGAGUCAACUGUUUUACGUUUGG